CAUUUACGCGUAAUGACUGAGAACGACGCUGGAGGAAUUGCUAUUACUUUCAUUGUGUUUCUGUUAUUUGUGCAGUGAUUCGACACCGUAAUAGGGAGGGGUUUAGAAAUAUUUUGCUUUACAUCUGUUUAUACAUUAAUUACCUAGUGCAGAUUAUUGAUUUGUCCGGCGUUCGAAUAGCGGUGCACGUGGGUGCGCGGGAAACUGGAAGUUCAGUAAGUAACUAGGGUACAAGCAUGGAAAACAUGGAAGUUAAUGCUGAGAAAGUAGAAAGCCUAAAACAAAUGGCAAAUGAUGAGAAGAGUGCCAAGGAAGUUCAUGUUGAUGACAUGACAUCUAGAGAUUAUUAUUUUGACUCUUAUGCACAUUUUGGAAUACACGAAGAAAUGUUAAAGGAUGAAGUCAGAACACUGACCUACAGAAAUUCAAUGUUUCACAACAAACAUUUGUUCAAGGGGAAGACUGUUCUGGACAUUGGCUGCGGGACUGGUAUUCUGUCAAUGUUUGCAGCAAAAGCAGGUGCUGCACGUGUUAUUGGUAUUGACUGUUCUAAUAUUGUUGAAUAUGCAAAACAGAUUGUUGAAGCAAACCAGCUGAGUGAUAUCAUCACAAUAGUGAAAGGAAAGGUGGAAGAAGUAGAACUUCCCCAUGGCAUUGAAAAUGUGGACAUCAUAAUCUCAGAGUGGAUGGGAUACUGUCUCUUUUAUGAAUCGAUGUUGGAUACAGUUCUCUUUGCUCGAGACAAGUGGCUUCGUCCUGAUGGUUUACUGUUCCCAGAUCGUGCAACGUUAUUUAUUUGUGGAAUUGAAGAUCGCCAGUACAAGGAUGAAAAAAUCAAUUGGUGGGAUGAUGUUUACGGUUUUGACAUGAGCUCAAUUCGUAAAGUUGCAAUCAGCGAACCACUAGUGGAUGUUGUUGACCCCAAACAGGUGGUUACAAACGCAUGUCUUCUGAAAGAAGUUGAUUUGUACACUGUUCAGAAAGAGGACUUACAUUUUACGGCACCAUUUCAUCUUCAGGUGCGACGGAACGACUACAUUCAAGCGUUAGUGACAUUUUUUAACAUAGAGUUCACAAAGUGCCAUAAACGUAUUGGUUUCAGCACUGCUCCAGAGGCUCCGUACACUCAUUGGAAGCAGACAGUAUUUUACUUUGAUGAUUAUCUUACUGUGAAGAAAAAUGAGGAAAUAUAUGGUGUGUUCUCAAUGAAGCCGAAUGCUAGAAAUAAUAGGGAUCUGGAUUUUACCAUAGAGCUGGACUUCAAAGGCGAGCUCGGUGAAGUGCAUGAAAGUAAUGUGUAUCGCAUGCGCUAGGUUGUCCUAUUUAAAUGGAAUUGUUAUUUAAGUGACUCAGUGGCCCGACUUGUCAAUUUUAGUAUUGAAAGUUGUUAAUAACUUUCAGUAUGUGUUUUGAAACACAAACAUCCAUGUGCCACGGGGUCUUCAUCAGAGUAUAGAAGCUAGCGUGAUACGUAUCCCUUUUUUGAAAAGUAAAUAUUUAUAAGAGACAAAAAGUGAAAUGCUGCCAAAUACUCUUGAUCAGAUUUUGUGCACAUGUAAGUUUGAUCUUCCAUACAACAAAUAAAGAUCAUGGACUUCUUACAGUAUUCAGAAGAAACACUUUUUACAAGUUGUCUUAAAUUUAAAAAAUACAAACUCCAGUUUUUAUAAGCUGAUGUAAAAAUCUUGAUGUGAAAAGAAAGGCUGAGAGACAAAUCUUACUGAAAUUAUGUCAAGUAACUUACAAUAAAGGCUGAUGAAUGUCA